UUUGGCCAAUUUUGGCGAUAUGAAUUAAUUUAUAAUAUUUACUUAUUUUUUUUGACUAUUAAUUAGUUCUUAAAGCUACAAAAAAAAAGUUUCAUUCUCCUUAUUAAAAGUGAACUACAAAAAUGCAGUGUCGUGCUUGUAUGCAGACUAAUUGCCAAGUCCUCCUCGACAUGGGCAUCGCGUGUACAGAGGAUGGCAAAAAUCUGUACGAUUGCUUCAAUGAAUGCACCCAGUUAGAAGCACGUGCCAAUGAUGGUUUACCCAAAACACUUUGCAAAAUGUGUGCACAAAAACUUCAGAUAGGCUUUAACUUCAGAAAAAGUGCUCGCCAGUCGCAUGAAGAUUUCAUGAAACUUUUAGCAUCCCUAAAAAUGGAGACGGAAUCGGUACAUAGUUUAACAGAGGAAUCUUUGGCAUAUGAGAAAGAAGGGGAAAAUACUGGUGAUCCUUUGGAUAUGGAUUUUGAAGAAGCUGUAAGGGCCUUACAUGGAACAGAAUUAGAUCUUUUCGUAAAGGACGAGUCGACCGACCAGGUCUUAGAGGAAUCACAAGAUGUAAAACAUGAAAAUGAAAACUCGACAGAGGUUCAGCUGUCUAAUUUGUAUGGUGUUACAACAACAACAUCGACGGAGGGUUUUGGGGAAUCCCAACAUUCAAUAGAAAAAAACCAAAAAUCGACGGAUGUUUUGGAGGAAUCACUACUAGAAUCGACGGAUGUUUUGGAGGAAUCACUACUAGAAUCGACGGAUGUUUUGGAGGAAUCACAACUAGAAUCGACAGAUGUUUUGGAAGAGUCACAAGAUGUAGAACAUAAUAAUGAAAAAUCUAUGGAAAUAGACAGAUCAGAAGAGGAGGUUGACCAUUUUACCGAAUUAAUACCCGAUUCAUCAUAUGACGAUAAUAUACAAAAUAUAAAAGCAAAUGAAUCAGAAACAGAUGAAUUAGAAGAGGAAUGCAUAACUGAACACACAGAUAAAGUAAGAUACACUUGCGAGAAUUGCAGCCGUUCUUAUGCAACUAAAAAGGAAUUAAAAAAGCAUAUUUCUAAUCGACACAAAUCUGAUAUAAUUUGCAUAAACUGCUCAAAGGUGUUUGAAAUGCCUAAUGAUUUGAGGAUACACAAAAAGCUUAUUCAUGACACCGAAUCACCAAUACAAUGCGAUUUCUGCCCAGAAAAACCUGUUAUGCCUCGAACGGAACUUCUUAAACAUUUUCAAAACUACCAUAGUUGUCGAUAUUUUAAAUAUUUUCCACGUUUACGUAAAAAACGUACUAAUUGGUUAGGGGAUCCUAUUCCUAAUGAAUGCAAAUAUUGUGGAAGAACAUUUCCAUCUGAGUUCGAUUUGGAAGAUCAUAUAAAAUCUCAUGUAUUUCAAUGUCCAAUCUGCUCGAGAAAUUUCGGUAGAAUAAAAGCUUAUUAUGCCCAUAUCAAACGAUUACAUAACAGCAGAGCAAAUAAAGUUCCGCCACUCAUUGUUGAAGGAACUGAAAUCGAAGAACAAAUUUUCGAAUGCAAAGAUUGCAACAAAAGCUACACGAGACUGGGCUCUUAUAAUACACAUAUGAAACAAAAACAUCAAGUAACGGAAUCAAAUGCUAUAAGUGAUAAUCCUGUUAAACAGUUCGACAAUAUUCACCAAAUCGACUUUUCGGAUAACCCUACAAACAUAGAAGGCAACGAAUUCACUGAAACUGAAAUGGAAGGCACCGUUAUUGAACUUAUUCCCAUGGAGUCGGAUGUCAUAAAAGAUGAUCAAGAGCGUAGAAAACCGUCUAGAAGAAAAGCGCAUAAAAAUUCAGAUGGUCAAAAGGAGAAAAAGAGCUAUCUAUGUUCAUUUUGUCCACGAGUGCUAUCUACUAAAGCUGCUCUAGAAUCGCAUGAAGGAAAACAUUUAAAUACUGAGCCCGAUAUGAAGGAGUGCCCAUUUUGUCAGAAAAGGUUUUCAAUGGAAUAUAUAAGAAAGCAUAUUGAUCUCGUACACAUUGCUAAGCGUAAAUUUCAUUGUGAUAUUUGCCGUGAUUCUUUUAAAACCAAGGAUGGUCUUUAUCGACACAGACAAUUGCAUUCUAAGGAACGGGAUUGCCCAUGUACAAUAUGCGAUAAAAGUUUCCCUAAGAAAAGUGAGCUUGUAAUACACAUGCGAUUUCACACGGGGGAAACGCCUUUCACCUGCCACUUAUGUGACAAACGAUUUCGAAUUAAAGCCCAUCUUACAAAUCAUUUGCGAAAGCAUGCUAACAUCAAUUUUAUAUGUACGGUGUGUGGUAGAGAGUUCAAGAACAGCAAAACACUACAAGACCAUUCAUAUAAGCAUACCGGUGGAAUGCCAUAUUCCUGUUUAAUUUGCGAUUACGGUAGUGCACGGCGUGAAAAUUUUACGUGUCAUAUGCUGCGCAAACAUGACAAAGUUAUGACGGAGGCUGAAUUAUUUGCAAUGUUCAAAGCGAAUACUGGUCGCUCUCCUCGCGUAAAGCUAGCUGAAGAAUUAGAAAUGAUAAAUGCAAUGUUUCCACCCAGAGACCCCGACUGUUCUACUGAAAGUGUAGCGCAGGAGGCUAGUGAUGAUCCUUUGGAUAUGGAUUUUGAUGAAGCUCUGAAAGCUUUAAAUGAACCCGAAUUAGAUUUUCCCUUGGAAGAAGACACGCCCGGGACGUUUUUGGAAGAAACGCAUGAUGAGAAGGAAUUGUGCAUAAAACCGAUGGACAAAAUUAAAUCAGAACACAUUGAUGAACCUACAUCCGAUAUAGUGUAUGAGACAUCAGAUGACGAUCAUCGGCAACCUAUAACUGAAAACGAAUCAGAAAGAGACGAUUCAGAUCAAGAGAGUGAAACGGAGCCUAUAGAAAAGGUGGGAUACACUUGCGAGAUAUGCAGUAGUACUUUUGUAAUCAAGAAGGAACUGAAAAAACAUAUUUUCAACGAACACAAAUUUUCGGCGCAACCACAAAUUCUCGAUAUAGUACAGUAUGCCAUACAUAAUCAUACAGAGAUGCCUGAGCAGCAUAACAAUUGUGAUGACAUUUGCAAGGCAUUGAGAGAUAUGGAAGUGGAGUCAAACAUCCUCCAUGCAACAUCCACUGACAAUCUUCCACAACUAUUAUGCUUAAAUUGCACACAAAUUGUGCGUUCAGCCUAUAAUUUCAAGGAAAUCGCUCGUCGCUCUGAUGAAGAACUGAGGAACAUUUUAGUUUUUCCAAAAACUGAGCCUGAAAUGAUUUAUGCCAACACUGAGCAACCGCAAGAUGCUGUGGAAUGCACAAAUGAUCCCUUAGCUACGAUACAACCAAGCCCUGUUGCUAUUGAAUCGUUAAUGAGUAUACCUGAACUAGAUAUACCUACGAUAGACAUUAAAUUUGAGAAUCCUGAGGAAUUAUGUCAAGAAUCACAAGGUGACGAAAGGGGUGAUAGUGAAGUAUUGAGAGACAGAGUGACGCAUCCUUGUAAUUUAUGUGAUUGCAUAUACACUACAAAAAAGGAGCUAAAAAAUCAUAUUUUUGACAUGCAUAAGCCGCAUAUUAUCUGCAUUAAAUGUCCAAAGUUCUUUGACUUUCCCAAAGAGCUACAACUGCACGAAUCUCUUGUUCAUGCAACUGAAUCACCAAUGCAAUGCCCCUGGUGCAAAGAGUAUCACCCAAGAGAGGUCUUUAAUAAACAUUUGCGGUCCAAGCACAGCAAUUCCUAUUCCAAAUAUUUUCCGGGAAAUGAAAUAGGUGAUCGUGGUUCUGGUGAGAAUACCUCGUUUCGUUGUGAGCAUUGUGAGAAAUACUUCUCAUCCGUUCUCGAGCUAGCCGAUCACAUUCAAGAGCACACAUUUGAUUGCCCAUUAUGCUCGAAGAGAUUUAAAAAAUAUGGCACUUUCAGGGCACAUGUUAAACGUAAACACAAUCAUUCUAUAAAUAGUUUAAAAGCUAUAACUUCUGAGGAGAAAGACAAAAAUAAGCCCUUUCAAUGUUCCAUAUGUUCCACGCAGUUCAAACAGCAAAGAUCUUUUCGUGAUCAUAUGAAACGUAAACAUAAUCAGAUCAUUAAAAAGCCUGAGGAGGAGGAAAAUAAGCCAUUUAAAUGUUCCUUAUGUUCAAGACAGUUCAAUCAGAAAAGAUCUUUUAAAGAUCAUAUGAAACGUAAACAUAUUCAAAGUAUUAAAAAGCAUGCCGAAGACGAUGAAGAGGAUAAACCGUAUAACUGUCCAAUCUGUAAUAUGUGCUUCAAAAGCCAUAGCGCCGUCUAUUGUCACAAGAGGCGGAAGCACCCCGACAGCGCAACAACAGCUGAAGGCCAUAUAAAUGCAAGCAGUAAUAUCGGUACUGAAAAAGUGGAAAACGAGAAUACUGAAAACAGUGAACUAAUUAGAUGUAAAUUUUGCAAUAAGGAAAUACCCGGUAAUCGAAUAAAAUAUCAUGAAAAACGACACAUUUAUGCUCUGAACAGAAAAAGAAAAUACCUUUGUUCAUUUUGCCCCCGAGAAUUUAAUUCUGGAACUUCGGUUAAGUUGCAUGAAAAGAAGAUUCAUCUGCGAGAAAAGCCCGAACCAAAGGAGUGUCCAAUAUGUCAGAAAGAAGUCGAUCCAAAUUAUCUUAAACAUCAUAUUGACAAUGUUCAUGCUUCAGAGCGAAAGUUUAUCUGUGAUUUUUGUGGCGAUUCGUUUAGAAGUAACGUGUUGCUUCACUACCAUAAACGAUUGCAUUUAGAGCGCAAAUUUCCAUGCACUAUAUGUACAAAAAAGUUCAUACGCUCAAAUGAACUUAAAGUACACAUGCGUAGUCACACUGGAGAAGAACCGUACGCAUGUCAUAUAUGUGAUCGACGUUUUAAAAUCAAAGUUCGACUCAACUAUCACUUGCAGCGGCACGCUGGAAUUAAACGAAAAUGCAAAGAGUGCGGAAAAGAGUUUAAUCACGUCAAGCAAUUGAAAAUACAUUCUUAUAAACACACCGGCAUGCCCUAUAGGUGUUCAGUGUGUAGUUAUGCUUGCGCACAACGUGAUGUAUUUAGGAAUCAUUUAUUGCGAAUGCACGAUAUGACAAUGACUCCGGAUGAAUAUUGUGCGAUGUUCAAGGCAAAUACUGGUCGGAAUCCCCACGUUAAAACUCUGGAGGAAUUGCAAUCCGGGGCGCAGAAUAUGGAGCAAGAGGAAUUAUUAAACUAAUAUUAAAAGUUAUGACCUAAGUAGAAUAACGGAAGAUUAUUUAUUUUAAUAAACUUAACUUGGUUUUGUCAAUAA